UCUCUUUUCUCUCUCAGACACCUCUCAUCUCUCUCCUCCCUUUCUCAGACAUCUCUCCUUUCUCUUGUCCCCCUCUGAUGGGGUGGCUGUGAUUCCUGAGGAGUCCGAUGGUGGUGGGGGAUCGUGGUGGUGCUAGUUGUUGUGGCGGUGGAUCGCGGUGGCUGGGGUCCGUAAAUCCUCCAUUUUUUUUUUCCUUUUGAGCUCUCCCUCUCUUCGUUUUUCAGCCAAACACCUCAUUUAAAUUCAUUUUCGCACCGAUUAAACCAGAAUAUCUUCAUUUUCGGUUGAUAUUUGGUGGUAGUUGUUGAACUGCCGGUGGUGGGCAGGGCUAUGGGUUUGUUCAGUGACGAGUUUCUUCGAGGGCUCCCUGUACGGUUUGGAAGCCGGUGGAAGCUGCUCCAGUGGCGACUUAAACCAAGAUAAAGAUGAUUCUAACACUGAGAGUGGGAAUGCAUCUAUUUUGAGUAGUAGGAUGGCGCUUCAACACUUUUCUCAUCCGCAGCAUCCGUUGGUCUUUAAUGCAAACGAGAGAAGUGGAAUUUCUUGUCAGGGGUGUUGGGAACCAGUAUGGGGUCCUAGCUAUAGUUGUAUAACAUGCAAAAAUUCCUAUCAUCAUAAAUCAUGUGCAGAACUUCCCCUUGAGUUGCACCAUCCCUUGCACCCAAAUCAUCCUCUUAUUCUCCAACCGAUUACUCUUGGCGAUGAAGAAUAUAAUAAAUGCAUAGACUGCAAUGAAUUUCGUUUCCAAUACAUUUAUCAUUGUUCCGAUUGCAACUUCAGUAUUCACAGCGGAUGUUCUUCUUUCCCACUCACCACCAAAUCUGCAGUCCACAAGGACCACGACCACUCAUUGACCCGCAUUUGGAAGCUAAUGAAGUUUACAUGCGACUUUUGUGGCAAAGAAGGCAAUCUGCCCUUUCUUUGUGUCCCAUGCAAUUUUGGUAUACAUACAAGUUGUGCUGCUUGCCUACCCACAGUCGAAGUUACACGUCACAAGCACCCUCUCCAGCUCACCCAUUCUUCAGAAACCCAUCAAUCUAAUUCUCGAAUUUGUCUACUCUGUGUUGAAAAAGUAGACACACAUUGGGUUUACUAUUGCUCAAUAUGCGAUUUUAUUGCCCACCUCCGUUGUAGUAUGAACCCCAGAAAUAAGGCGUACAAAAAACUGGAGGAACUUGUAGAGGAGCAGCUCCAUCUAUCUGUUGUCUCAACAACUUAUGAAGUCAAAAAAUUCACUAUGGGGGAGGAUGGAGCCAAAAUUGCCACAGAAAUCAAACACUUUAGUCACAAGCAUGAUUUACAGCUUACUGACGAGGUUCCGAAUAACAUAAAAUGCAACGGGUGCGUACGAGACAUUUUCUCUCCAUUUUAUUGUUGUGCUCAAUGUAACUUCUUUCUUCAUAAAUCUUGUGUAGAAUUACCCAAAUUAAAACAACACCCACUUCAUCGACACCCACUGACCCUCAAUUAUGAGAGCUAUUCUUUUGGUUGUGGUUUUUGUGGCCAACUGUGCAAUGGCUUACGCUACAGUUGUCAAUUAUGCAACUAUGAUCUCAAUGUUCAAUGUAGUUUGAUCUCAGACACCCUUACUCAUGCCUGUCAUGAGCAUCGUCUUUACCUCUCCAACACAAACACUAAACAGGAGUGUAGUAGUUGUGGUGAGUAUCGAUACCGAGUAUUCCGUUGUGCCACUUGUGAAUUUGUUCUAGACUUCCGAUGUGCUGCACUACCACAAACCGCAUGGUACAACCAACAUGAACAUCCCUUCACACUCUAUUGUAAACCUGAAGAUGACUCGGGUGAAUACUACUGUGAUAUUUGUGAAGAAGAACGAGAUCCCAAGCAAUGGUUCUAUUACUGUGCAGAUUGCAAUUUUCCUGCUCAUCUUGAAUGUAUUCUUGGGGAAGAACCAAAUGUCAAGUAACACAUAUAAUGACCACCAUUUGGAAGGUACUACACAUUAAUUUGAUUGUCACCCACAAACAAUUACUAUCAUUGAAGAAAUAAAGACUCCCGUCAAUGCCAAAAAUGAUCUAUCAAUUUGCGCACUAUAAUUUCAACGUUCAUUGUAAUUGUUUA